AUGACCAGCCCGUUACCUUCCGUGCACAUCAUUGCACCACCAGCAGCAGCAGCUUUUCCUGCCAUGCUGCGCCACAAGAGCUCGCUUGCAGCUUCUUACGCGUCGUACGUUGUCCGCGUCCACACAAGACACGGCAUCAAGACCCUUUCCUUCGACGUGCUUGCCGACCUUUUCACCUUCACCGCAAAGAAAGCCGCGGAAGACCUCGGGAUCAGUAGCCGCACUCUCAUCCGCGUGUGCCGUUCACUGGGCAUCCGGCGCUGGCCGUACUUGGGAUUCCGAAGUGAGAAGAAUGUUGAGCGCAUCCGCAUGGAGGCCGUGGAGAACCUACGACGAAAGCUCGAGAAAGAAGGCGAGGCGUUGCCAACCGCAGUUCUGCACCCCAACGCGCCCAGUCUUCGUGGUGCGAGUGCUAAACGGCUUUUGCAAGUGAAGAUGCCACAGCUGUGUCUACCGUCUCUGGAGGGACCGGCACCGUCCAAGAUGUCUGCUGUGCGUACAAGCACUUGGUGCUCGUCCCCGACGCUUUCCAACGCCACCACGACCAUUUCCGAUGAUGACGAACGCAUGUCGGAGCCUGACGAGAAUGACUUCGUGGCUCAGCCCACAGCAUCCUUCCCUGCCCCCUACACUCCAGCAGCGCCAUUAUUAACCCCACCGCACACGGUGCACAACAGCUUCAACCUCGAUGUCCAGCGUGUGAGCCCUAACAAGGAGUCACGCGUCGUCUUCUCGAGCAUGAAGCCACCGACGACGUCGCCCAUUCCAUCACUGAACCUACUCGUCGACGCCUCCAUCCUCACCAGCUUCAAAAAUGUCCUACCGGCAAUGCAGGUCUAUCAAGAGGACAGUGCACACCAGCCCCCUCAGCCCCGAACCAUGUCGAUGCAGGACAUUCUGACGCGCCACUGA